UGACUAUAAAGUGCCACUGACAGCGCUGUCUGAGAGCCAACUUGCCCUGUGUCACCCAGAAAAGGAGUUGCUCCCUUUGGUGUUAGCUAACUGCCAUUACACACUAGAGAAGGGUCAGCAAACAGUGAGCUCCUAUGAUCAUGAGUCUAUUGAGAGAGAACUCAGCAGACGAUUUUUUGCAGGCAAACCACGCAUUCAAACAGACACUGAUAAAUACCUGAGAAGACAACAUCAGAAUUUUAUAGAAGUCCUCAAUGAGGUCAGAGCCAAAAUACCUCAGGAACCUCUCAAGGCCUCUGUGCUCAGUUCCAUGAGAUCAAUGCUACGUUCAUUCACCGAUGUGUGUGACGCAGUUUAUGCCGUGGAGAUUGGGCUUCGUUUCCUUGGUAAAACUGGUGGACACCCACAAGAUCUGCUUCUGUCCUAUCUGAAAGUUUCCUUGAAAAUGGACCAACACAUCUCAAGCACCAUAGCUGAGGCUUUAAAAGAGAACCGGCUUAAUCAGUGCACAGCCACCUGGCAGCUCCUUACCUGCUGGAAGAGUGAACAGAUGAUAAGGAAACGACAGGAUCCAUUCCAGCGACUGUCUGAAGACUUCAGAGAUAAACUGACUUCAGAGGAAAGAAAGCAAUUGAAGGUUUUCCUUGGGCUCACAGAUACUGACAUUUUCUCUUUGGAGCUACAUGAGAUCCUUCAGCUCAAGACCAACAGCACUGUUGAAGAAGGCUUCGCGCCACACUGGGAGUAAGAACUGAUCUUAUUUUGUUACAUUUUCAUAUUAUUUGCCCAGCAUUCCAGCCUUC